UUGUCACACAUGAACACUGUGACGAGAGAGCCAACAUGGCGGAGAGCGAGAACCUGGAGACCGUCACCGAACAUGAGCGAAUAUUACAGGAGGUUGAGAGCACGGACACGGCAUGCGUUGGCCCGACGCUCCGAUCUGUGUAUGAUGAUCAGCCCAAUGCACACAAAAGGUUUAUGGAGAAACUUGAUGUCAGAAUACGCAACCAUGACAGAGAGAUCGAGAAAAUGUGCAACUUCCAUCAUCAGGGCUUCGUGGAUGCCAUCACAGAACUGCUGAAGGUUCGAGCAGAUGCGAAGAAACUGAUGGGCCAAGUGAGCGACACCAACCGAAGACUUCAAGACGCCGGACGGGAGGUGACGGCCCAAACAGAAGAGGUCAUCCGCUGCCGGGUUCAACAGAGGAACAUGGCCACCACGGUGGAGAAAUUGCAGCUCUGCAUCCCUGUCUUGGAAAUGUACAGCAAACUGAAGGAGCAGCUUGAAUCAAAAAGAUACUAUUCGGCAUUGAAAACCAUGGAGCAGCUAGAAAACAUUUUUAUUCCCAGAGUGAAUCAGUACAGGUUCUGCCAAAUCAUGGCUGAGAUGCUUCCUAAACUCCGAGAGGAGAUAAAGGAGAUCUCCAUGUCUGACCUGAAAGACUUCCUGGAGAGCAUCCGCAAGCACUCGGAUAAGAUUGGUGAAACCGCAAUGAGACAGGCUCAGCAGCAUCGUACAUUUAACAGUGCAGUACAGAAGCAGGUGACUCUGAGCUGUGCUAAACCUCUCUACGGUUUGUACAGCCAAACAGCCCUCCGUCAUAAUGGCUUGAGCACAGAGGAGACGGUGGAAGAAGAGGAGACGGAUGAGGAGGUUUUGACUGCACAGGAUCUGGUGGACUUUUCACCUGUGUACCGGUGUCUUCACAUCUACACUGUUUUGGGAGACAGAGAAACAUUUGAAAGCUACUAUAGAAAGCAGAGAAAAAAGCAAGCGAGACUUGUCCUGCAGCCUCAUUCUAACAUGCAUGAGACAGUGGAGGGCUACAGGAAGUACUUCAAUCAGAUUGUUGGGUUCUUUGUGGUGGAGGAUCACAUAUUACAUGCCACACAAGGUCUGGUGACCCGAGCCUUCACCGAUGAGCUGUGGAACAUGGCCCUGUCCAAAAUCAUUGCAGUUCUCCGCACACACUCCUCGUACUGCAAUGACCCUGACCUGGUCCUAGAACUGAAGAAUCUGAUAGUUAUAUUCGCAGACACUUUACAGGGUUAUGGUUUCCCCGUGAACAGACUAUUUGACCUUUUGUUUGAGGUUCGAGAUCAGUACAAUGAAACAUUGCUCAAGAAAUGGGCACUGGUGUUCAGAGAGAUUUUUGAGCAGGAUAACUAUAGUCCCAUUCCUGUGGAUACUGAAGAGGAAUAUAAAGCAGUGGUCAGUCGAUUCCCCUUCCAUGAUGCUGAGAUCGAAAAGCAACAAUUUCCAAAGAAGCUGCCCAUGUCUCAAUCAGUCCCUCAGAUCUACACUCAAGUGAAGGAGUUUAUUUACGCCAGCUUGAAGUUCUCAGAGUCACUCCAUCGAAGCUCAACCGAGAUUGACGACAUGCUCCGUAAAUCCACAAACCUGUUGCUAACAAGGACGCUGAACUGCUGCUUACAAAACCUCAUCAAAAAGACACACAUCGGGUUGACUGAGCUAGUACAAAUUAUCAUCAACACCACCCACUUAGAGCAAGCAUGUAAAUACCUGGAGGAUUUUAUCACGAACAUCACCAACGUUUCCCCGGAAACAGUUCACACCACAAGACUCUACGGGCUUUCCACCUUCAAGGAUGCCAGGCAUGCAGCUGAGGGCGAGAUCUAUACCAAACUCAAUCAGAAAAUUGAUGAGUUCAUUCAGCUUGCUGAUUAUGAAUGGAGCAUGGCAGAGUCAGACGGCAGGGCCAGCGGAUACCUCAUGGAUCUCAUUAACUUUCUGCGCAGCACCUUCCAGGUCUUCACACAUCUUCCGAAUAACAACAAUGAUCAUGCUGCGAUGUCGGGGAAGGUAGCGCAGACGGCGUGCAUGUCUGCCUGUAAGCACCUGGCCACGUCACUGAUGCAGAUGCUGUUGGACACUGAACUCAAGCAGAUCAGCAUGGGAGCAAUUCAGCAGUUCAACCUGGAUGUCAUACAGUGUGAAUUGUUUGCCAGUUCUGAGCCUGUGCCAGGAUUCCAGGGAGACACGCUACAGUUGGCCUUCAUUGACCUCCGACAGCUUCUAGAUCUAUUCAUGGUAUGGGAUUGGUCUACAUAUUUGGCAGACUACGGACAGCCCACCUCAAAAUACCUGCGUGUGAACCCCUCCACCGCUCUUGCACUUUUGGAGAAGAUGAAAGACACAAGUAAAAAGAACAACAUCUUCUCCCAGUUCAGGAAGAAUGACCGUGACCGGCAGAAACUGAUCGAGACUGUGGUGAAGCAGUUGAGAAGUCUGGUCAAUGGCAUGUCACAACACUCCUAGAGUUCUUCACAUUCACUCCAAACACUGGCCUGGUUUUAAAGAGAUAGUCUCCCAAAAUGCAAAUUCAGGUUUAGAACAACAACUUGACCGAAGUUUCAUUUUUGGGUGAACUAUCCCUUUAACAAUGCAACCUAUACUUUCUUUUCUACUUUUUGCUUAGGUUCUUUUUCCUAAAUUCAAUAGCUCGCUAUAAAAUAACAAUUCUCUGGCUGUUCAAAGUACUGUGGUAUAUUUUGACAAAUGUAUUCUUCAUGUCUUUUGCCAAAAUAUUCACUGCUUUAGGAUUAUAAUGUAAAUAAUAAGGGAUUAAAAUGAAGAGAAGUUAUGCAGUAAUUUUUUUGUAAUGUAUUUUUAAAGGUUGAGAAUAAUGUUUUGUACAUUGUGAAAGUGCAUUGAUUCUGACACUACACUUGAGAGAGCAGACGUGUAUGUGACUGGUGACAUGUCCAAACAUGAUACUGGUGGUCAUAUUGCAACCUGUAUGAAAUUCUCUGUAGUGUAAUAUGAUUUUUAAUUGUAAAUAUUUAAAAACAUAUUUAACACCUCUAUGGAAUCAUGCUUCCCAUUGGUCGGUCUUGGUUCAAAUUCAAAUCAAAUAAGGAAACUUAUAUGUUUGCAUGACGAUGCUUAAUUGUUUUCAUACUUUGCUGAAACGUAUGGGCAUACACAGCACAUCUCAAAUUGUCAGUUACAUUUCGCUGAAUUAUGCACAAAAUGCACCACAGAAUGAUAUUUAAUUUUAGUUUUCUCAGGGUGAAAUGAGAGCUUUUGUUUCAGAUGCUUUAGAAUCUCAUUUUAAUAACUAAAUAAGCAAUAAUUGGUCCAGUUGCAGACUCAAAGUUGAAUUGAAAAAUUCAUUAUUAAUUUUUUCUUCUUUUAACAGGCAUUUUGCACUGAAAAUUAUUUAAGUUUGCCUUUAAACAAGCAACUAUGUGCUCAUGUAUUUAAAAUAUCAUUGUAUAUACCACAAUAUUUUGUUAAAAUGGGGGAAAAAAUGGAAUGUAGAGAUCUGUUCCCUAAACAGAACUAAACUUGGAUUACAUUUGUCUUUAGCUGUAAGGGUGUUUUCCAUAUUUCUGUUUUCCUGUUACAACACUAAUAUAGGUUACACUUUAAAAUAACUCUCAAAACUUGAAAAAUAUUCUUCACAGAUCAGUAGUUGAUGUACCUUAAAAUGUGGAUUAUAAGAAAUGAAAGUUUCACAACAUUUCAGCUACUUGAAUGUGUAUUAUCAAUUGAUCUGCUAAGCAUUAUACAUAUAAUGUAAUAAAGUUUGUUAAUAUUAUUAAAGAAAGUUAUUAUAAAGUGUUACCCUGAUAUUUGAUUAGUCAACCUAGAAUCAGAAUUUCCCAAAAUCCCUCUCCGGCAUUACCUGGAUUUACGCAAACCUCAUUGUUUUCAGAGUCCCCUCAUUUUUAUUUGUGUGCUUUAAUAAAAUAUUAUC